AUGGCCGCACCAGAUUACGAAUCUUAUGCCAAAGAAAUUGAAAAAUGGUAUAAUAGCGAUGAAUUUUACGAGAAUAGAACAGUAUCAGAACUUUGUAAUAUCUUCGAUUUAUGCAGUUUUUCUUCAAGUCAAUUUAUUGAAGCAUUUACAAUUAUCAGCAAGAAAUUUAAGUAUUCUGAAGUCUCAAUCAUUUCACAACAUGUUAAAGUAACUCAAUUUGAAAGCUUUGAAGAUGCUUUUGAAGCUUUAGAUUUCAUUUCAAAAAUUUUAAAUACAAAAGUUAUAUCUGAUGCAGCGAUUUCCUUAAAGAAUCAAAAACCUAAAACGGGCAAGAACAUAAAAUACUUAUUAAAAUGCAAACUGGAUGAGAUUAACUUUGAAGAAAUUUUCAUGAUUAUUGUAAAAGCAUGUGAAGAAGAUGAUAUUGACUCAAUUAAAUUUGCAUACAAUAACGGCUAUUUGCAUACAACAGUAGAUAUACGUUCAAUACUUGAACGUGCAAUUGAAUUUAACAAUUUUAAAGUUUUCAAAUAUAUUUCAUUAUGCCAAAAUUUUUGGGCAACUAACAGUCCUGAAUCAAUCAGAUGUGUUUCCAAUCAAGUAAAUUUGGCAUACCAAGAUCGAUCGAGUAAGAGAUCAUUCAGAGGCAGUUCAUUUCAGAUUAUCAAUAAAAAAGAUAAUUAUACUUGUACUAGAUCUGUUUCAAUAAAUAACAUUUAUGAUCCAUUUAAUGAUAAAAGGCUUCUUUAUGCAGCAUUAAAUCCUAAUGUUGAAGUAAUUAAAUUACUUGGUAAUUCCAAAACAACGGACUUUGGUAAAAUAGAUGAAUUUUGUGCAUCCGCACUUCAUUAUGCAGCAUUAAACACUAAUGUCGAAGUAAUUAAAUAUUUGGUUUCUCUUCAAAAAUUUGACAUCAAUGCAUUAGAUAAUAAUAAUAAAACACCACUUCAUUAUGCAGCACAUAUAAAAAACAUUGAAGUUUUUAAAUACCUUUAUUCUCUUCCAAAUAUAAAUACGAGGUUAUGGGAUAAAAAAGGAAAAACUGCAAUUCAAUAUGCAGCUGAAAAUGAAAUGUUGGACCAAUUGAAUAUCAAAAUUUGA